AACUGAAAGGGCAAGAACCAUGGUCUUCACUUUACUCAAAAAUCUCACCUAUAUCCUUACCAGCGCGCUUACAGUACGAUUUGAUGGAUCGCUUCGCUACCCGUCCGAUCCGGGCUUUCCCGUUAACACUCUAGGUCGACUUUCGGCCUGCGCUGUCUCCCUUCACAACUGCAAAGAACAAAACAUUCUCGGUGGUCGACUCUUGAACGCGAACGUUCUAACGACCUCUGCCGAAGCGGAGUACGAGGGGAUACUGCUAGGGCUAGAAGGCUUAAUGGACUUAUACCAAGGGCGUCUGAAGCAAAUCGCUGCGCCCCCAUCGGGUGCCACGAUCAUGUUUGAAGGCGACUGUAAAACUGUAAUCAACCAGCUACGACGCAAAGCUCGCCCUCGAAAACUACAAAAAUACUUCGACGAGGCAACAAGUAUAAUCGAGAAAAUCCCGUGGAAGAUUGAGUUUCGGCAUAUUCCGAGAACGGAAAACCUUCUAUGCGAUCGACUAUGUGGAAAGAUACUAUCGGAUCAUGAAGCAGGCUACUACUCGCUUGUUCGACAGGAAUUGGCCACCUUGACACAAUUCUUCGAGGAAGAACGUAAGUCCGCCGAGAGCGGAAAGUUUGAAACUUUGCUGCAAAUGUUUUUGAACCGACAUUUCUCGGAAGGUAGAAGCCUCAUUCCCUAUUCAAAACGUCCUAAGUUGUACCGGAACAUCGCGAAGGUGGCUUGUGAACGUCGCGACUUUUUGGCGCUGAUAAGGGUAGGUCAACUUUUGGAGAUUGAAGCUCGUACUGUUUGGCCGUCUAUACUACAAGCGAUCGACAAGAAUUCGAAUAUUGAAUGUGAGGUUUUGUCCACCGGUGCUCCAGCGAUUGGUGUCGAGUGUGUCGACGACGAUACCUUGCUAGUAGAAGGUGUCGUCUAUCAGCUUGUUGGACAGCGGUCAUUGGGUAUGGGUGAUUUCAAGGAAGUACUCCGACAACAGCGUCGACACCGUAAUCUUUUACAGCGCCUCGAUCUACAUGUGACUGCAGUCGAACAACGGCUGAAUGAAUGGACUACGCCAAAUUUAACAGUAGAGGAUGAGACACAAGCAACCAAUGUAGAUAUCGACGUUCACAGUCACAUAUUGGAAGAAUUCCCACUCGAUGUCAUAGACUGGUGCGAAAGAGCGUCAGAAAGCGAGGGCUGGUACGAUACCGGUACCUUUUGGCAUAUCUCUGGGACCUAG